AUGCCCGUUCCUGUGGGACCUGCCGCAUCAUCCGGUUCAUUUUUCAGUCAAGCCUAUGACCGGGAUCACAAGUGGCAGCGACCAGGCAAGUGUCUGAGCUUAUGGGGUGGGGGCAAAAGAGGCCUGAAAGCAGCAGACUUGAGGUUUGACUGUGAAAAAGGUGCUGAGAAAAUGCAGCACGGCUCAGUAGCCUUUGAGAAGUACCCUUCCACCAGAGUUACAGUAGAAGUUGUCUCAGGAGACGCUUCCUGGAUUGCCCUGAAGUACGACCCCCAGAUAGAAGAAGAUCUGCGAAACUGGAUAGAAGAGGUUACAGGGCUGAGCAUUGGUGCAAACUUUCAACUGGGAUUAAAAGAUGGCAUAAUCUUGUGCGAGCUUAUAAAUAAGCUGCAGCCAGGAUCAGUGAAGAAAAUUAAUCAAUCAAAACUAAAUUGGCACCAGCUGGAGAAUAUUGGGAACUUUAUCAAAGCCAUCCAAGUCUACGGCAUGAAGCCCCAUGAUAUUUUCGAAGCAAAUGACCUUUUUGAAAAUGGAAAUAUGACUCAAGUACAGACUACUCUCGUGGCACUAGCAGGUCUGGCAAAAACUAAAGGUUUUCACACUACAAUUGAUAUUGGUGUCAAAUACGCAGAGAAACAAGCACGAAGUUUUGAUGCAGGAAAACUAAAAGCUGGUCAAAGUGUAAUUGGCCUGCAGAUGGGGACCAACAAGUGUGCCAGUCAGGCGGGCAUGACUGCUUACGGAACCAGAAGACACCUCUAUGACCCAAAAAUGCAGACCGAUAAGCCGUUUGACCAAACGACGAUUAGCCUACAGAUGGGCACCAACAAAGGAGCCAGCCAGGCUGGCAUGCUGGCACCCGGUACCAGGAGAGACAUCUACGAUCAGAAGCACAUACUACAGCCUGUGGAUAACUCGACUAUUUCGUUACAAAUGGGUACCAACAAAGUAGCUUCACAGAAGGGAAUGAGUGUGUACGGGCUUGGACGGCAAGUGUAUGACCCCAAGUACUGUGCUGCACCUACAGAACCUGUCAUUCAUAACGGCAGCCAAGGGACAGGAACUAACGGGUCAGAAAUCAGCGAUAGCGAUUAUCAGGCAGAGUACCCAGAUGACUAUCACGGAGAGUACCAAGAUGACUAUCAAAGAGAUUACCAUGGUCAGUACAGUGACCAGGGCAUUGAUUACUAG